UCCAACCAUCACCAUGUCAGUGCUGCUUCUAUACAUCUUCCUCAGCACCGCAGCCCUUAACCUACCAGCCAUGGCUGCCGGAGAAGAUGAGUUCGUCUUCUCCGGCUUCAAGGGGGCCAACAUCACCGUGGACGGCGUCGCCACGGUGACCCGGAACGGCCUUGUCGAUCUGACCAGUGGCCAGGAGACUCUCAAAGGCCAUGCAUUCUACCCUGCUCCGCUACGGUUCCGUGAGGAGUCCCCCAACGGCAACGGCACGGCGGUGAAAUCCUUCUCCGUCUCAUUCGUGUUCGCCAUCUACCCCAACUACCGGCCCAGCCAGGGCAUGGCCUUCUUCAUCGCCAAGAGCACCGACUUCUCCUCCGCCCUCCCUACGCAGUGGUUCGGCGUCUUCAACAGCGCCAGCCAGGGUAACUCCAGCAACCACAUCUUCGCCGUCGAGCUGGACACCGUCAACAACAGGGACCUGCACGACAUCGACGCCAACCAUGUCGGGAUCAACGUCAACAGCGUCGUCUCUAACAAGUCCACCACCGCCGGCUUCUACGACGACGAGACCGGCUCCUUCAACGCCUUGAACCUCACCAGCGGCGAGAGGCUGCAGCUCUGGGUAGACUACGAGAGGGAGGCGACGCGAAUCAACGUGACCAUGUCUCCGCUGGGCAUGGCCAAGCCAGCAAGGCCGCUCGUCUCUGCCAUCUACGACCUCUCGACGGUGAUCACCGAGGACGCGUUCCUUGGCUUCGGCUCCUCGGCCGGCAGGGACGGCAGCCGCCACUACAUACUUGGCUGGAGCUUCUCUUCAUCUGGGGGGCCUGCGCCGGCCAUUGACAUCCGGAAACUGCCACCGUUGCCUCGUCUUGGCCCCAAGCCUCGGUCCAAGGCCCUGGAGAUCGUGUUGCCAUUAGCAACGGCCACUUCUGUCCUCGCCGUGGGAGUCACCAUUUUCCUGCUCGUGCGAAGGCAUCGGAGGUACGCCGAGCUGCGAGAAGAUUGGGAGGUUGAGCUCGGGCCUCACCGGUUCCCGUACAAGGAUCUCUACCAUGCCACACAAGGGUUCAAGAACAAGAACCUGCUCGGGGUUGGCGGCUUCGGGAGAGUGUACAAAGGGGUGCUGCCGAAAUCAAAACUUGAGAUAGCCGUCAAGAGGGUGUCGCACGAGUCCAAGCAAGGCAUGAAGGAGUUCAUCGCUGAGGUCGUCAGCAUAGGACGGCUCCAACACCGUAAUCUCGUGCACUUACUCGGCUACUGCCGGCGAAAAGGCCAACUGUUUCUGGUGUACGACUACAUGCCCAACGGAAGCCUUGACAAGUACUUGUAUCAUCGUCGUCAGGACGAUGACAACAAGCUGCAGCCUGCUCUGAACUGGGCUCAAAGGUUUAAGAUCAUCAGAGGCGUCGCAUCUGGAUUGCUCUACCUUCACGAAGAGUGGGAACAAGUUGUCAUCCACAGGGAUGUCAAAGCAAGCAACGUGCUCCUUGAUGCUGAAAUGAAUGCCCGGCUAGGUGAUUUUGGCCUUGCACGUUUGUACGACCAUGGCGUCGAUCCACAGAGCACGCAUGUGGUUGGCACCAUAGGAUACCUAGCUCCCGAGCUAGCAUGCACCGGAAAGGUAACCCCUCUUACCGAUGUGUUUGCGUUUGGCAUAUUCAUCCUUGAAGUCGUCUGUGGACAACGGCCAAUCAAGCAAGAUGCACGAGAAAAACAUCCCAUGUUAGUUGAUCGGGUUCUUGAGCAUUGGCACGGUGGAUCACUCCUCGACACGGUGGACGUUGAACUCCAUGGCGAGUAUGAUGUAAAUGAGGCAAACUUAGCACUCAAGCUUGGACUACUGUGCUCGCACCCAUUCAUGGACGCUAGGCCUACCAUGCGCCAAGUAAUGCAGUACCUUGACGGUGACCGCACAGCACCAGAGCUAUCAUCACCAGUGGACACCAACUUCGAGAUGCUCGCUGCAAUGCAAAACGAAGGUUUUGACCCGUACGUCAUGUCAUAUCCUUCUUCCACUGCAAGCCAUGGCGCAACAUCCAUUGUCUCAGGUGGAAGAUGACUCCAUGAAUGCCUAGGCCAGCCGCCUUUUUGGUCCUCGUAAGAUCAGGGGUCUUCUCUUGCAACAUCUUCCAAUUUGCCACAAUGUUUUCUGCCAUGUGGGUUCUGUCGGUAAACUUCUGAAUAUUUGUAUGAAAUGCUAGUUUCCUUACUUUUGUACCUCUAUAUGUUUUCCAAGGAGGUGACGCCCUUGUAUUGUAUGCAUGCUCAGGUUAGUAGGCACUCUAUUGUAAAACCCCAGGCUUGUUACCGAAAGCGAUAAUUCUACCCGUGCCGGUAUGUAACGGCAAUGUAUCCGCCGGUCGCCUUGGCAUCAAGAUUGGUGCGGUGAGUUGCGGUAUAAAGAUGUGAAACAUUUCACUAGAGUUGUGGUAUAAAGAUUGAUAUU